AUGGAGGAAAGAGAAGCGCUGAAGAGGCAGAUUGAACUUCUACAAGAUCUUAUCAAUAAACAUAAGAGCGUCCAUGGAGAUGCACCAGUUGCUGCAGCAGAGCAGAGGCAGCCUGAGGUUUCUUCAACAGCCAGAGGUUUCAACACGUCUGAUGGCCAUCCUCACAUCUCCAGAGGGAGGCCGUAUGCUCCUCAGAGUCGUGGAAGUUGGAGGAAAACAUACUCUCUGAGGAACAACUGUCCCCAGUCAACAGUACCAGUAUCCUCAGCUGUUCCCUCCACUUCCCUUCAUCCAGCUACCUCCCAGUGUGGCACUAGAAGCAUCUCUGCAACAAUCAGCAGCACGGGGCAUGAAUCUAACUCCAAAGCUGCUACUUCUUUGCCAGGGAAUCUUACGCAAAAUAAAGCGGGAAUUACAGUCAGGAAAACUGGAGUAAGUGAAGCAGCAGUAGAACGAUUAAACACACUUUCUGAACGGCAGGGUUCAAGUUCAGGUCGCACAAAUAUCCAGUCAGAUGCACAAAAGACUGAAAACAGGCUUGCCAUUCUGCCAGCAGAGAAAACUGAAGCUUCAUUCAAGACUUCUGCUUCUGUUAAUGUCAACAGGUUAAUAAGUUCUCAGAGCAAGAUUCAAAUACAGAACAAACCUUCCUUGAACAAGAAAACCAGCCCAGAAACUUGCAAGACUACUAAUUCUCCAACCUUACCUUCUCUUUCCAAAGAAUCAAAACCCUCACCAGAGACCCUCCAUGGCCAGGUUAAUGCGCCACUUCUAAAAAAUUCCAAGUUCACCUGGGUGAAGAGUCAGACUGUGAGCUUAGAGCCCAAAGCAGCCAGCUCUGUUUCCGUACCGAUGACCAGAGACACAGCUUCUCAGACAUCUGUCCUCAAAGCGGCAGCAACUGCUGGGAGUUCAUCAGGUGGAUCAAGUAAGAAAACGCCUCCCAGGAAGUUUCCUCGAAAGCUCAGUCCUGUCACUGUAGCCCCCAAGACUUCAAAGUACAAAUGGGUUUCUUCCUCAGGAGUCCAAACUAAGAACCAGCUCAAGCCUUUGUCUCCCAAAGCUCUGAUUAAUCCUCCAAGAGAUGUUGCCAAGAAACUCAAAACAGCCUCUACACCUUCUGGAAAGCCGAAGAGGGGAAUUGCAGGUUCUACUGCCAGCUCAACACACAUGAGCCGCUACCGUUGGAAGGCCGGAGGUCAGACUGCAGCCGGGUCGGUGACAGGAACUACACCAGUGUCUCGUCGUAGAUCUGCCUUCCACUGGACGGCAGAGAAAAGCAGCAAAGGGCUGAAAACGGGACAUCCUACUCCAGCUGUCCCCCAGAGAGCGUACCUUCGCUCUUCCUCCCCUUCUGGGUUCAAACUCCGCAGCAGAAUGAAAAUUAUCAGGAAGUCUGGCAUCAGUGCAUCAGAGAAGGCAAGCAGUCUGGCUACAGCAAAGUUUCCCCUGCGUAGUCGACUGUACUCCUUUACCAGGAGUCCUGCAGGAGUUCGGAGGACGCCUUCCAGGGAACUGGUCUGCUUUGGCAGACAUAAGUUGAGGCGUCUCUCCCUGACCUUGUCAAAAACAAAUGCUGUCUCCACAUCCCAUCUAAGCCCUGCCUGCAAGCGGGUGUUUAGGACCCGCUACAAGAUGGUGACCCGUCCGGGUACAAGUGCUGCACACACGCUGCACUACAACACAGCGCUCUCCUGGCGAGCCAGGAAGAUCCAGUCAGCCAGGACUUUCCUUCAGAACCGCCUACGAUCUCCUCACGACAGGCACCAACCAUCCAGCCGACGCUGGACAGGGAUGGAGAUGUGCUGGAUCCGAGGCUCGCUGUACCGGGUCUCUGCCAAUAAGCUGUCCCGCACGGUGGCAUUACAAACAUCGAUCGACCGGAGAGGAAAGUCCUCCAGUGCACACACGUCUCCGGCCCUGGCCCGUCAUUUAGCCAGUCGUGCUGUCCAGCGGAGCAUUGCCAUCAUCAGACACGCUCGACAGAAAAAGCAACAAAAGCAGUACUGCAUGUAUUACAACCGCUUUGGCAAGUGUAACCGUGGCACAAGUUGUCCCUUCAUACAUGAUCCUGACAAAGUGGCUGUCUGCACAAGAUUUCUCAGAGGGACAUGCAAGCAGGCAGAUGGCGCCUGCCCAUUCUCCCAUAAGGUUGCCAAAGAGAAGAUGCCGGUGUGUUCCUACUUUUUGAAGGGCAUCUGUAACAACAGUGACUGUCCCUACAGCCACGUUUAUGUGUCCCGUAAAGCUGAAGUGUGUGAUGACUUUGUCAAAGGCUACUGUCCAGAAGGAGAGAAGUGUAAGAAGAAACACACUCUGGUGUGUCCAGACUUCUCUAAGACUGGCUCCUGUCCACGAGGCUCUCGCUGCAAACUGCAGCACCGCCAGCGGGUCAAGCGCAGCGCCAGCAGCACUUCCACCAUUCCAGUCAAGAAAAGUCGCUCUAAAGAACCUAUGAAGAGGCCCCAUCUUUCCGUUGUCAUGCCGGAGAACACUCAGGCAGCUCCAGGAACACCUAUUGCGGGUCCUCUGGCUCUACCAUCCUUCAUCUCUCUGUCCAGCUCCCCAGAGGAGGCAGAUGCACCGGAUUCACCUCAGGCUAACGCAACACAAGUCAAAGUCUACUCCAGCCAGUGACACUGGAGGAACGCUGCAAAUCCAAAUCAUCCUGUUAUUUUAUGCGAUGGAGGAAGUGGUUAUGUGAUUGAGCUGCAAACAGAUAAUGAUGAUCAGAGUCAGAUAACAGAGUGUGAUGGAGGUAAUAAUAUUUAGCUUUUGGACUUGACCGAGGCUCGGCUCGUCUCUCUGUUGACAGAUUUGACAGAUAGAGGAUUAGGGUAGAGGCCUCUUCGGCCCAAUCACGCUUACUCCCUCCCCCCUCUUUCACCAGGAUCUAACUGUCCACCUGCUGAAGGCACACACCCACAUGUACAUGCAGUUUAGUCUGAGAGGAGCUAUUACUUUAUUACUUUGAUUUAAUAAACUCAUAAAUGCUUGUAACAUGAGAGGAACCCAGAAGAAACUAACCCAUACAUGAAGAUAAAGUCCAGCUCUGAUUGGUCAGUUGUGCCAGCCUACUCGAACUCUGUCUUUACUUCUCAACUCUACUUAUUUUAACAAGGUUUUAAAUGGAAACAGAGUUCAACAUUUACCCCUGGUCUUAUUUUCCUCUCUUCUCUCCAAAAGCAAUUAACAAAAAAAAUGUAUGUGAAAAUUUUGAUGUUUCAAAAGACCUCUUGAAUUUAAAACAAUAUGUUCGACAUGUUUUAGCAGUUACUGUAGUCCAAAUCCUUUGUUUCUUGGCUGCUGCUUGGAACCUCAAAGCUUUUAUUUCUGCCACAUCUUUGUUUCUGCUGUCCACUCUUUUAUCUUCUUUUUAGCCACAACUUUCUUCUUUCCUCUGUAUGCUUUGAACCACUGUCAUCAUAAAAAAAACUCAGCUCUUUUCAUCCUAAUUGUACUGAUGGAGGAAGGCUCUCCUCCAACAUUUUCGAUGCCUGUUAGUGUCCAUCAACCUCUUAAUGUGGUCAAGUUAUCUUGUUCAUUAUCAGAAAAACGCUUGAUGCUUUCACCUCUGUGCUUGACUGUGGGAAUAGUUCUCCUUUUCUAAACAUGGUGGGUUGACUUUUUGCUUUUGAUCUCAUCUGACCAAAGGAGGAGUAUAAAGCAUAUACAAACCAAAACAAACUUAUUGAUUAUGAAAGUUAAUUUAUCUUCUGAUCCAUGUAGAUCCAUCACCGGGGACAUGACCUCUGUAAGUGCGUAAAUAGAGGGAAACUGAACCGCUCUCUUUUUUUUUAAGGUGCUUCACUUCUCGUCCAAAAGGACUCUAGUUCUUAUCAUGGGUUUAGAGUAUCAGGUUUCUGUUAACCCCCUUUUUAAAACACAGUAGUUGAGGUUUAUUGCAGACACAGAGCAGCAAUUUUCUGCUUGUCCCUCCAUUCCUGCAGACCAGCUGCUUUAAGCUCUUAAGUAUUACUAAUGACUGUGUGCUCCCUGAGUAACACACUGCACCACCCAAAGCCUCAUUAAAGGUGGAACUUGGCCAACGAAGCCGCUCUUCACUUUGCAUAAACGAGCUCAGGCGUGAUGUAUCGCUGCACGCUCCUCCGUCCAUCGCCGCUAUUCCGCUCUCUUCUUCAUUUACUCAUCAGUUGAGACAUCAUUGCUCAAUGUUUCAGCAGCAUCUAAUGCGAACUAGAUUAGAGGCGGUUACACAAUACAGCAUUUCAUUUUUACGAAAGCUCCUUCUCUCAUUACUGUUUCCUGUUACUACUUUU